AUGGAACUGCAACAAGUGUCAAGAGGCAACGGCUCAACCUCCAACAACUCCUCCACCAAUCUCGCACCACUCCUCACAGGACAGUUCUCCGGCAACCGUUCAGAUCAAAAGAAGGCGAAGGCCCUCAGCGAUGCAAUUGAUCGCUCCCUCAGAGCCGACAGGGAACGUCAACUCAGAGAAGGAGGAAUCAAACUGCUUAUUCUUGGUCCAUCCGAGACGGGAAAGACGACGGUGCUCAAGCAACUAAAGCUGCUCUACGGUCGGAAGGGCCUGGAUGUGGAACGACAGACAUAUCGGAGAGUCGUCCAUUUGAAUGUCAUGAAGGCGAUCCAGGGACUCGUUGAAGGAAUGGAGCAGGCCAACAUCCAGCUUGGAAACCCUGAGAACGCCGUUCAUGUCGAAACGGUCCGUCGCCUGGAAACAACCCUGAAGCGGUAUUCUAUCACCACCAUUGGCGUCCCUAACCCUGCUAUCCCCCGCAAAAUCACCGAUGCCAAAGCCGAAACUGACAUGUUUGCAGAUAUGGUGCCGGCCAUCAAAUCACUAUGGACAGACCCUGGUAUUCAAAGGACGUUCAACACCUGCACACAACUCAGCAUUCAGGACUCUGCGAAAUAUUUCUUGGAUGCAGUGGAUCGAGUCUCUGACCCAGAGUACACCCCAACAGACGACGAUAUUCUUCAGGCCAGGGUCAGGACGCUGUCGGUCUCGGAGCACAUUUUCGACAUUGACGGAGUGGCAUACAGGCCAUAUUUUGAUGAUGUGGAUGCGAUUAUCUUCAUGUCUGCCCUCUCAGCCUACGACCAAGGAUGCGAAGACAACCCCAACUUGAACCGGUUACAGGACUGUCUACUACUUUUCAACGAAAUCUCGAACCACAAGCUGUUCCUCAACACGUCGAUGAUUGUUUUCCUGAACAAGAUCGACAUUUUCCAACGCAAGUUACUGUCGGGAUCGAUGGUGAACCGGUAUUUCCCCGACUACAACGGACCAAACGACUACUUCAGCACCACUGUUUUUUUCCAAUACCGGUUCCUGGAGCAAUGCAAGGAUCUUCAGAAGCAGGUGUACACCCAUUUCACCCACGCCACCGACACCAAGCAAAUGAAGGUCAUCGUUGUGGCCGUGAAUGUCAUUAUUCAGCGCUUGAAUCUCCGCAACUCUGGGCUCUUGUAA